UUCUUUUUUGAUAAAUGGGUGAGAAAAUUGAGAGCUUCCUACACACAUAAAAAAAACUAAGAGCAAAUAUCAAUUCAAAAAUAAAAUAAAAAUAUUAAAACCCCAUUUGCUCAUUCAUCAAGAAUUAAAAUUCUCAAGGGUGUGUUGUGUUUAGUUUUUAUGUUUGUGAGGUGUUUUUGAGAAAUUUUCUUUCAUUUUCUCGGGAAAAUCUUUGAUCAACAACAAUGUCAUCUUCAAGCUGGAGUUACUUUCGAAAUUAUCCAUCUAAUCUGCAACGCUUUCUUCAAUGUGUCACUCCAGUUAUUGCUUCACAAACUCUACCUCAGAGUUGCAUCAAUGAUCUAAAUAGUUUAUGGCAACCCCUUGGUAAGGACACUAUUGAAUGCUUCACUUUGAAAGAACUGUGGGAUUGUUACAAUGAAUGGAGUGCAUAUGGUGUUGGUGUACCUGUGAUGUUGGAGAAUGGUGAUACUGUGGUUCAUUACUAUAUUCCUUAUCUAUCUGCUAUGCAAAUCUACACCAAUAAGUCGGUCGCGGCUUCCCGGAACCAGAGAGAGGAUAAUGAUGUAGUUGAAUUUGAAAGUGAUUCAUGGAGUGAUGACAGUGGAACCGAUAACUCUUCUAGAUCUUUAAGUAACUAUUCAAGCAAAGCUUGGGAUGCUGUUUCUGAAGACUCAAACUUUGACCAAGAAAGUGGCUCAUGGCAAACAAAAGAUAAGCUUGGCUACCUUUACUUAAACUAUACUGAGAUGGCUUCGCCUUACCAGAGAGUUCCAUUUAUGGAGAAGAUACUUGAGUUAGCUAAAAGUUAUCCGGAAUUAAUGACGACGAUGAAGAGUGUUGAUCUUUCGCCGGCAAGUUGGAUGGCUGUUUCAUGGUACCCAAUUUAUACCAUCCCUAGUAGAAAAACUGACAAGGACAUGGAAGCAUGUUUCCUCACUUACCAUACAUUGUCUUCAUCUUUCCAAGACUUUGCUGAGCAUUAUGAUAUGGACAUAGAGAAAGAUGAAUAUUGUUUCAAUGGUUGGGAAAAUAUUGUAGGAGACGAUUACAACAAAAAGAACAAUGACUCUAUUUCUCUACCUCCAUUUGGACUAGCAACCUACAAAAUGCAGUGUGAUCUUUGGCUAAACACUGAUCCAAAUGAUUAUGAAAGUAUAUCAUGUCUAUAUAGUGCUGCUGAUUCUUGGUUGAAACAACUCAAUGUCCCUCACCAUGACUUCAACUUCUUCACAUCAAACCCUCUCUCAUAAAUCAAUUUUCGUCGAUUGAUACAUGAUCGUCCUUUGAUUGAGCUUCGAAAAUCGGAUGUCGGCCGGCUCAAAGAAAAUAUAUAGGUUCCUUUUGGUGCAACCAUGAAAGCAUUCAAAAACUUUGGAGUUGAAUGGUAAAAGGGUGUAUAACUUGUAAGCAAUGUAAAAAGCUUUGGUAGUUGGGAUUAAGUUUUUAAUCAACCAUUUUGGUUUUUUUUUAUAACUUAUAUAAGCUACUUUCUAAGAAACAAGAUUAUAUACUUCGUAAGUAACUAAUUAGAUUAAAUGAUUAAUGAGUUUCAGUUAAGAACGAAUUGUCCGAAUAACUCGAGUUCAAAUCUUAACUGGAAUAAUUCUUUAUCAUACUUUACUUACCUACCAACUGAACUCUAGAUUACUAGGAUUCCAUUCCUCUAGGAACCAUAGGGUUAAAAAAAGAAAAGAUUAUGUGGUUUGUUACAUGUAAUUGAACUAUGGUAUAUAUGCUAUGUACUAUAGUCGUCUUUAAUCAAACAUGGGCUUUGUUGAUUUU